UGGGGUCAUUUGUCAACUUUUUGGAGUUUACUCCGGGCUGGUCGUAAUCGAGGCAAUAAUUCGAUUGGGAACUCUGGUUCUACUAAUGAGCCUAAUACAAGACCUCGUCCUGAUACAAUUACAUACGAUCCAGCUAACGAUCUACCAAAGUAUGAG